AUGUCCGCCAAAGCGAUCCGCGAGUUCGACGGCAAGCGCCUCCUGGCGUCGCACCUGCCGUCGUACCGCCUCAACACGCGCGUCGCCCAAGUGGCCGUGACCCGCAACUUCAUCGGCCAGAGCCGCGAGGCGUUCUUCCGCGCGGUGGAGGCCGCGAGUCCAUGGCUUACGACGCUGGGCGAGGCGACGCUCGUGGUCAAGCCCGACCAGCUCAUCAAGCGCCGCGGCAAGGCCAACCUGCUGCUGCUGGACGCCACGUGGCCGCAGGUGCAGGACUGGAUCUGGGGCCGCAUCAACCAGCCCGUGCAGGUCGAGAGCGUCACGGGCGUCUUGACGCACUUUGUCGUCGAGCCCUUUGUUCCGCACGCGGCCGCCGACGAGCACUACGUGUGCAUCGUCUCGAACCGCGACGGCGAAGAGCUGCUGUUCCACGCGCAGGGCGGCGUCGACGUGGGCGACGUGGACGCGACCGCCAAGCGGCUGCAGGUCGGCAUCGAGUCGGUCGUGGCGCCCGACGAAGUGGCUGCGGCGCUGUUUGCGUCGGUGGCCGACGAUCGGAAACAGCUCUUGGCCGCGUUCCUCGUGGACCUAUUGGCGGCCUUCCGCGCGCUGCACUUUGUCUACAUGGAGAUCAACCCGCUGGUGCUCGUGCAGGACCAGCUGUGCGUGCUGGACAUGGCGGCCAAGCUCGACGAGACGGCCAACUUCCUCUUCCCCGAGGAGGAGUUCAUCCAGGACUUGGACUCCAAGACGGGCGCAUCGCUCAAGCUCACGAUCCUCAACCACACGGGCCGCAUCUGGACAAUGGUCGCGGGCGGCGGAGCGUCCGUCGUGUACGCCGACACGAUCGCCGAUCUCGGCUUUGGCCACGAACUGGCCAACUAUGGCGAGUACUCGGGCGCGCCGAGCGAGACGCACACGUACAACUACGCUAAGACCAUUCUGGACCUCAUGACGCGCAACGUGGACGCGCGCGGCAAAGUCUUGAUCAUUGGCGGCGGCAUUGCCAACUUCACGGACGUGGCGCUGACGUUCAAAGGCAUUAUCCGAGCGAUCACCGAGUACCAGCAAAAGCUGCGGGACAACAAGGUGCACAUUUGGGUGCGUCGCGGCGGCCCCAACUACCAAGAAGGUCUGGCGAUCAUGCGCGACGUGGGCGAGGCAACGGGCGUGCCCAUUGACGUGUUUGGCCCCGAGACGCACAUCACAGCGGUCGUGCCAAUGGCGCUUGGACUGGCCGAAAACGUACCGGCAGUGGUACAACCUGCUACUGCAACCGCCAGCAGUGACACGAAAGCAAGUGCGGUGAAAGCGUCGUCGGACGAUAGUAGCGCUGCGAACAGUGAUGCUGAGGAAGGCGGACCUGCUGAAACGCUGGAGGGCAAAGGCGGUGCGAACGCGCAGAUCCCUGUGGUGCUCCAAGACGAAGGCAUUGUGCGCAUGGACGACAGGACGCGCUGUAUCGUCUACGGACUGCAGCAGCGAGCUGUGCAGGGCAUGCUCGACUUUGAUUACUUGUGCAAGCGCAAGACACCGAGCGUGGCAGCCCUCAUCUUUCCGUUCUCGCCCAACCACUACCUGAAGUUCUACUGGGGCACGUCAGAGCGUCUGAUCCCCGUAUUCCAGAAGCUGUCGGAUGCUGUCAAGAAGUACCCGGACGUGAGCGUGCUGAUCAACUUUUCGUCGUUCCGCUCCGUGUACCAGUCCACUAUGGAAGGAUUCGAGCACAGCGGCACCAUCAAGACGCACGCUAUCAUUGCCGAAGGCGUCCCGGAGCAGCAGUCGCGUUUGAUUGCAAAGAAGGCUCGUGAACUGAAUGUGGGCCUCAUUGGACCUGCCACAGUUGGUGGCAUCAAGCCUGGCUGCCUGCGCAUCGGUAACACUGGUGGUAUGCUGGACAACAUUGUGCAGUCGAAACUGUACCGCCCCGGCAGUGUGGCCUACGUGUCCAAAUCAGGCGGUAUGUCGAACGAGCUGAACAACAUUGUCUCGCAGACGACCGACGGUGUGUACGAAGGCGUGGCCAUUGGCGGUGACAAGUACCCGGGCUCCACCUUCAUCCAGCACCUGCUGCGCUACGAGGCGAACCCGGAGGUGAAGAUGAUGGUCCUGCUUGGUGAAGUUGGUGGCACGGACGAGUUUGCUGUCUGCCGUGCCAUCCAGUCGGGCGCCAUCAAGAAACCGGUGAUUGCCUGGUGCAUUGGUACAUGUGCCAAGAUCUUUCCGUUCGAGGUGCAGUUCGGUCACGCAGGUGCUUGCGCCACGGGGGAGUCCGAGACUGCUUCAGCCAAAAAUGCUGCUUUGGCUGCUGCUGGCGCCAUCGUCCCGGAAAACUUUGACCAGUUUGGUAGCGCUAUCCGCAAGCAGUUCGACUCGAUGGUUGCGUCGGGUGCGAUCGUGCCGCGUCCGGAGGUUCCGGUCCCUAAGGUUCCUAUGGACUAUGCCUGGGCGAAAAACCUCGGCCUCAUCCGUAAGCCGGCAAACUUCAUCUCGUCUAUCUCGGAUGACCGUGGCGAGGAGCUGCGUUACGCAGGCACUCCCAUCUCGAAGGUGUUUGAGCAAGACAUGGGUGUCGGCGGCGUCAUCGGUCUCUUGUGGUUCAAGCGUAACCUGCCGUCCUACGCGUCGAAGUUCAUCGAGAUGGUGCUGAUGGUCACGGCCGACCACGGUCCAGCUGUGUCGGGCGCCCACAACACGAUUGUCACUGCCCGCGCCGGCAAGGAUCUGAUUUCGUCGCUGGUGUCGGGUUUAGUGACGAUUGGUCCUCGCUUCGGUGGUGCUUUGGACAAGGCUGCCGAGAUGUUUGCGAGCGCGCACGACUCGGGUAUGUCUGCCGCCGAUUUCGUGAGCGAGAUGCGCAAGCAGAACAAGCUGAUUAUGGGCAUUGGCCACCGCAUCAAGUCGUUGUCGAACCCGGACAAGCGAGUCACGAUCAUCAAGGAUUUUGCCAAGGCAAACUUCCCUGCCACGGACGUGCUUGACUUUGCUCUGGAGGUGGAGCAGGUCACCACGAAGAAGCGCAGCAAUCUUAUUUUGAACGUGGAUGGUUGCAUCGCAGUGUGCUUCGUGGACUUGCUGCGAAACUGUGGCGUGUUUACGCUCGAGGAAGCGAACGAGCAGAUUGAGAACGGGUGUCUCAACGGGCUCUUUGUGCUCGGUCGCAGCAUUGGCUUUAUCGGCCACUUCCUCGACCAGAAGCGGCUCAAGCAGCCUCUGUACCGCCACCCCUGGGACGACAUCUCGUACUUGAACGAGGAGCUCUAG